AUGGGUUUCUUGCACCUCGCUGAUACGCAGUCGAAUAGUGGUGGCCCAAGAUCUUUCAAGAUCGUCCGUCUCGAAUCUGAUGGAACCUCCACUCCGACAGGCAUGCGAGAAGAGGCUUUACUUCUAUCCUGGUUGAUCGUACUCCUGCGCACCCAGGAAGGCGGCCAAGUCUCUUAUGAGUGGGCCUACGGCACUCGAGAUAAUGCUGUUGAGCAUGAGGGAGUGAGCCAAUAUCUUUCAACAGAUGUAAUGACAGAUUUGCAAAGCACUGUCGGGCAGAGUGCAGCAGCAGUCUCUCGCCACAUCAAGGAAACGACUACAAAACGCAUAUCCAGCCCUGUGCCAAUUCUCCUCAGCACUAGUUUUCUGUCCAGAUCCGAAAAAGCAAAAGAUGAAGGUGCGCUUCAUCUCGAAGUACUUUUGAAUGAUGGAUACCUCAAAGUCCACCCAGUGUGGUACACUGAGAAUAUGCUGCCAUUCACAGUGACUCGGUACAUUGAAACACUGGCAGACACCAUCAAAAUGUGCAUUUCAGACCCAAACGCGUCUAUUGAAGACUGUCUUCGGCCGACCAACCAUGAUCUGGAUCAGGUUUGGAGAUGGAAUCAUCAGCUGCCUCCCACAUACGACUUCUGUAUGCACGAAAUGAUCUCCCAACAGGCUCAAAAACAUGGUGACAAAGAGGCAAUCUCAUCCUGGGAUGGGAGCCUGACUUACUUCCAAGUCGACCGGUAUUCCACGCUUGUGGCAUGUUCACUCAAGGAAAUGGGUGUCAAGUUGCACGAUUUCUUACCCGUGUGCUUUGAAAAGUCAAAAUGGACAAUUGUUGCCGUGCUUGCGGUGAUGAAAGCAGGAGCAACGCUUGUGAUGAUGGACCCAUCCCUUCCACUUGCCCGGCUCCAGAACAUGGCGAAACAAGUCAAUGCAAAAACAAUUCUGUCAUCGCGGCAACAGCACGAGCUGUCAACAACGAUUAUUCCAAGCGGAAGUUAUUUCGUCGUUGAAGCGAAAAUAUUCACUCACUCCUCGAAUUCUCAAGAUGUUCCAAAGCUGCCGACUGUACCACCAUCUGCUUUGAUGUAUAUUAUCUUCACAUCCGGGAGCACGGGCACACCAAAAGGAGUCAAAAUUUCCCACCAGACCUACACCAGCAGUGCGAUACCCCGAGCAAAGGCAGUUGGCUAUACGGAGGAUUCGAGGGUUCUUGAUUUCGCCUCCUAUGCUUUCGACGUUAGCAUCGACAGUAUGCUCUUAACUCUGGGUAAUGGUGGCUGUCUUUGCAUUCCUUCCGAUGAAGAUCGACUGAACGACAUCAACGGAGCGAUCAGAAAAAUGCAGAUUAAUUACGCCGGUCUUACCCCUUCGGUGGCCCGAAUCUUGGAUUCUGAUGUUAUAUCAUCACUCAGUGGUCUUGGGCUUGGUGGAGAAGCCGUCUCGGCGAGAGACGCUACCAUCUGGGGUCAAGACACCAGAAUCAUCAUCGGCUAUGGCCCUUGCGAAUGCACGAUUGGAUGCACGGUCAACAGCAGCGCAGCUACAGGCAGAGACUAUAUCUCCAUUGGACCAGGAAAUGGAGCGGUUAUGUGGAUUGUUGAUCCAAAUGACCACGAAUCGCUCAUGCCGGUUGGCGCUGUGGGCGAGUUGCUCGUUGAGGGGCCAAUUGUCGGACAAGGCUACUUGAACGACCCGGAGAAGACUGCAGCCGCUUUCAUCAACGAUCCAUCGUGGCUUCUUGCCGGCCACAACGGUUACGCUGGUCGAAGGGGCCGUCUAUAUAAGACAGGUGAUCUUGGAAAAUGGGAUCCCGACGGCUCUGGCGGUAUUGUCUUUGCCGGAAGAAAGGAUACACAAGUGAAGUUACGUGGGCAACGUGUCGAGCUUGGAGAGAUUGAAAGCCAGCUCAGGGACAGACUGCCCGCAGAAACCACUGUUAUUGUCGAAGUGAUUGUGCCCCAGGGAUCUAGAGGUCAGCCUACUUUGGUGGCAUUUCUGGCAUCCAAAUCUUCGAAGGGACAGGAGAGUACGGAUUUAAGCUCCCCUCCACCCUCUGGCGAGCUGCGCAGCACGCUGUCCAAAGCUGACGCGGAUCUGGCGAAAGUUCUGCCGCGGUACAUGGUGCCGAAUGCAUAUAUACCCGUGAAUUACAUCCCAACCCUGAUUUCGGGAAAGACCGACCGAAAGAGACUCAAGCAAUUUGGUGCCACACUCGACUUGCGGAAGCUAGAUCAAGAGACCGCGACUACCGCUACUCGGGAGCUGAGUGACCUCGAGAAGCGUCUGCGACAGGCUUGGAGUCUUAUUCUAAAGCUCGAUGGAGAGACCAUUCGACCAGGCGACAACUUCUUCGCACUCGGUGGUGAUUCUCUGGCGGCAAUGAAGCUUGUUUCUGCUUGCAGGGACCAAGGGCUUGAACUUACUGUCACUGGGACGUUUGGCCACCCGACACUCUCAGCAAUGGCUGAGAUUGUUCAGAGUUGCGAGAUACAAGUACGCAAGGGAAUCCCCGCAUUUUCUAUGGUAUCACAACCACUCGAGAGUGCCUGUCUCGAAGCGGCACAAGCUUGCGAAGCAAGUCCAGAUGACAUUGAAGACAUCUAUCUAUCCACGCCCACGCAGGAGUCACUAUUUACGUUCUCACUCAAAUCGACCAAGGCGUACGUUGCUCAGAGAGUCGCCUGUAUUCCGUCUAAUAUCAGUCUCGAAGCCUGGAAAAACGCAUGGGAGGACGUUGUUGCGGCAAGCCCUAUUUUGCGUACUCGGUUGGUCCAGCUUCAAGACCCUGGCCUUCAGCAAGUGGUCCUGAAGGAAAGCAUUUCCUGGAAAUAUUCGAAUAAACUGGCCGAGUAUCUCGAUAGCGACCGCAACGAGAAGAUGCAUCUUGGACAAAGCCUUGCUCGAUACGCCAUUGUUGACGAUUUGACGGAUGGAAAGCGGUACAUGGUGUGGACGAUUCACCACGUUCUCUACGAUGGUUGGUCAGAGCCACUAGUUCUUGAGCAAGUCCAAAAUUCUUUACAAGCUCAGAACAUUGACAGGCAGACACACAUGAGGGACUUUGUCAAAUACGUGCGCGACACGGACGAAGUCGCUAUGCAGAACUUUUGGCGAUGCGAGUUGAACGGUGCUGUCGGACCUCAGUUUCCGCGUCUGCCCUACAGAGAUUACCUGCCCUCCCCAGACGGCUUUAUUGAGCGUCAGAUUCCUUUUGUGACAAACGCGGGAUCCCCUUUCACAUUGGCAACGUUGAUCCGUGGUGCAUGGGCACUCGUGGCAUCACAAUAUACGCGAAGUGACGAUGUCGUGUUUGGCGAAACCCUCACAGGUCGAGACAUUUCGUUAUCGGGAGUCGAAAACAUUGUUGGCCCAUUGAUAGCAACACUGCCUAUCCGAGUUCAUGUCAACCGAGCGAGCUCUGUGGAGUCCUAUCUACAGACUGUUCAGCAAUCGAUCUUGGCCCGUACCCCAUACCAGCACAUGGGAAUGCAAAACAUCAGAAAGGUUAGCCGAGAUGCGCAGCAUGCGUGUGAAGCUGGCACAGGCUUGGUCAUUCAACCAGAACCAGAGUACGAGGGCAAUAACCUCGGCUUUGACAAAGGAGAUGUCGUCCGUGAAGCACUCCAUUUCAAUCCAUACCCCCUAAUGAUUGCUUGUGGAAUUCAGAAGGGAGGCUUCAGAGUCUGUGCUAGUUUUGAUACCAACUUGGUUGAAAUCGAACAAAUGAAGCGCGUUCUUGGUCAGCUGGAGAUCGCCUGCAUACAGCUGGCAAAAGACUUUUCCAGAAGACUUGGCCAAAUAUCUUGCCUUCCCGAUGCUGAAUUGAAUCAGAUUUGGCAGUGGAACCACGUCCCCCCACUACCAUUGGACAAGGCAUCGGGAACGCUUCGAGCAGAUGUCACCAUCAAGCAAGGAUCAAUAUACCCUCCGGCAGUGGUUCCUUGGGUGUGUGAUCCGCGGAACCCAUCUCUACUGUCUCCAAUCGGCUGUGCUGGCGAGCUGUGGCUUGAAGGAACUUACCUUUCAGGUAGCAUUGUUGAAUCUCCAGCCUGGCUUGUGACUGGAAGCUCUGCAUGUGCUGGCCGAACCGGAAGAGUACAACCCACUGGUGAUAUGGUUCGGUUGCGGGACGACGGAAGCUUGACGUUUGUUGGCCGAAAGGAGAAUGUCGUCCCCGUUCAAGGACAUGCAGUGGACAUCGCAGAUGUUGAGUCUUACUUCACACGACAUCUUCCUUCAUCCAUUCGCGCAGCUGCAGCUAUCAUUCAACCAUCAUCAAUGAGCGACCCUCAACAGAAGAAUGAGCCACAAUUAAUAGCCUUCGUUGAGCGGCAAGCUUUUGGAGAAGACCAUGUUGAACUCAUGUCAUCCGAACACGCCAUUACUUUGGACAUGCCUAGCCAACAAAAGUUCAAGAUGACUAUCUGUGCCACGGUUCCAGUCAACCUUGCCGUUGCGCUAAAGAGACUCGACAAGUUCAUCCAAGACUCCCUCCCAUCACACAUGAUACCCUUUGCCUACGUCGUGGUCGAUAAGAUGUCUACCGCCACAGAACAGGUUGACCGCAAUUUGCUCAAUCAGGUUGCCUCACGGAUUCCUCAACACACCCUUGAUCAGCUUCGUGAAGGCUUUCAUUCAUGGAAGAAAUCAUCAUGCCAAACAAACCUGACAGCCACGGAGACCAUCUUGCGGUCUGCCUGGGCAAAGAUACUUGGAAUCAAUGAGGAGCAGAUCGAUGUCGAGGACAAUUUUUUCCGCCUUGGUGGUGAUUCCGUGCUGGCCAUGAAGUUGGCCUCAAGUCUCCGUGCCGAUGGACAUAGUUUGACUGUUGCCGAUAUAUUCCAGCACAUGCGCCUUGGUGAUGCGGCUAAAGUUUUGAAGGUGGAUCAAGCAUCGAAAGCAAAGGUUCAGCCUUACAAGCCUUUUUCAACGCUGAACUUCUUGGAAGUCGAGCCUUUCUUGUCUCAAGAUGUCCGUCCAAAACUUGCCAAUUCAAACUGGUCUAUUCGGGAUGUAUCUCCCGUGACAGACUCCCAAGCACUCGACAUCAAAUCAACCAUUCAGACACCGCGAACCUCUAUACAAUACAACAUGCUUUACUUUGAAAAGGGCAUUGAUAGAAAACAACUGUUCCGUGCCUGCAAUGACCUGAUCAAGACCCACGAAAUUCUGCGGACUGUGUUCAUCAAACACGAAUCCACUCUCUAUCAAGUUGUCUUGGAUAAACUGGAUAUCCCUGUGCCGACCAAUGGGGCUGUCGGGGAUAUUCAGCAAUAUGUAAGUGACCUCUGCAAGACACACAUUGAAUCCGACUUUCAACUUGGGUCACCUUUCGUCAAGUUUUUCCAUGUCGAUGGCAAAAAUGGAGAACAUUGUCUCAUCAUUGGCCUAUCACAUGCGCUGUACGAUGGCUUGUCUCUGCCUAGAUUACUUCAGGAUUUGGGGACAUUGUACAUUGGAAAGAGAGUGGCUGAAUUUGAGCCAUUCUCAUCAUACAUGGCUCGAAUUUGCGACAAGAGCGUCCAAACCAAAGCAGUUAGCUACUGGAGCAAUCUUUUGAAGGGCUCAUCCCUAUCCAUUCUGCAUGGUACAUCCACGCAACCCGGUGAUAAAGGUCUAUUCCAAGAAAAGUCGGUCUCUAUCCUCCAACCUCCUGAGGAUAUCACCACGGCAAAUCUGCUCACCGCAGCGUGGGCACUGCUGUUGGCUCGCCGUCUGCAAAAACCUGACGUGACAUUCGGCAGCGUCACCUCGGGACGGGGCAUUGACCUCACAAAUGUGGAGAAUAUCAUGGGCCCAUGCUAUCAGCUCACUCCAGUCCGAGUACCGUUCAAAUCCCAUUGGACAGCUACGGACCUCUUACAUUUCGUUCAGAAGCAAAGCGCUGAGUCCGCUGCCAACGACUUCCUUGGGUUCGAAAGGAUCUCCCAGCAAUGUACUGAAUGGUCGUGUGAAGCACGAUUCUUUGACUCUAUCGUCCAUCACCAGGACUUUGACGAUUUCGACACUAUGCCUUUUGCUGGAGGUACUUGUAAAGUGGACAUUUCGAAUCCACAUGGCGAUGCUCCUUAUCCGUUCAAGGCUGUAUCGUUUGUCCGCGGUGGACAGAUGCACGUUGGCGUGGUUGGAAGCGAAAGGGACGCGAAUUUUGUACACUCAAGCCUGGAUGAGUUGGUGGUGACUGUCCAAGAGCUCGCAACUCAUGGCCCUAAGCGCCUGUUUCUUGAUGGACAAGUUUUCUGA